UUUCAGUCAGUAUUAAGCCCCAAUACCCUGUUUCAAGCUUUCGCGUUCGUUCUCCCUCUACUUCUUGCAGCCAUGGAGAGCCCUUCUCCGGCUUCAUGCUGGAGCAAUGUCGUCAAAUCUCAACCUGCUCCGAAGCCUCAGCAUCAGACUCCUACCUCCACCGUCCAAGUAUUCGCCGACAGCUGCAAGUCCAGUCAAGGCGUUGCUGUUGCUGUUGUUGAUGCCAAUGCCAUCAUUCAAGGGGGAGAAAAGCUCUCCACCUGCGCGGACAAAUUUGUUUCCGUUCCUGAGGUUUUGGAUGAGGUUCGCGAUCCCGUCUCUCGCCACAGACUCGCCUUCGUCCCUUUCACUCUCGAAUCCAUGGAUCCCUCCCCCGAAGCUCUCAAUAAAGUAAUCAAGUUUGCAAGGGCAACUGGUGACUUACAGACCCUUUCAGAUGUUGAUAUUAAACUUAUUGCCCUCACUUACACGUUGGAGACUCAGAUCCAUGGGACCAAACAUCUCCGUGAGUGUCCUCCCCCUGUCCACAUGGUUAAUACAAAGAGGUUACCUGAGAAAGACUUGCCUGGGUGGGGCUCUAACGUUCCUAAUCUGGAAGAGUGGGAAGCAUUAGAGCAAGAUGCUGAUGCUCCGCUUGAUACCACAUCAAAGAUCCUUCCUUUGCAGGAUUUAAACCUGAACAUAGUCCCUUCAGAUGGCCAAUCCGAAGAUCUUUCAUUAGAGCACAAGGAUGAGCAUAACUCUGAGCAUCAAGAUGAAACUGAGAGUGGUUCAAGAAGAUCAAGGAAAUAUCCUCCAAAGAAAAAGGAAAUUAAUAUCGAAGGGAAGAAAAUGGUGGCUGAUGGAAUUGAUGCAUCUCAGGGACAAUAUGAUGACAAUGAGGGUGAUUGGACACCUGCUGUCAGUCGAAGUACUCAGAGAAGAUAUCUUAGGAGGAAAGCCCGGCGUGAAUAUUAUGAGGCCUUAGCUGAAAAGGACAGUCAGCAAGAUGUUGAAACCACAGAUGGUGAUGUCCUAGUGGAAAAUAACAGAUCAGGUCAAUCACAGGAUCAAAUCUCGGAACCAAUUACCGGAAAUGGGAAUGACUGUCAGAUAGCAGAAGGGACAAACAACAAUGAAAACCUUUCUGAAAUUUUGAAUCAGAUGAGGUUGGAAGAAGAUUCAUUAAAUGCCUUUCACAUGGAAGGGCUUGACGCUUCGAAAAAAGAAGAAUUGGACAUAAGUGAGGUGGAGAAUAUUGUAGCUGUUGAGGGUAUGAACGAUACAGCCAAGGAUGAGAUGGAACAUUUAGAAUACUCAAGUCAGACUAAUGAAAGUGUAGACACAUCAAAUAUAGAUGAUAUUAGCAGUGAUCAGAGUUGGAUGCUGCGAUCCUUGUCUGAAUCAAGCGUAGCUUGUGUAACUGGUGACUUUGCAAUGCAGAAUGUCCUUCUGCAAAUGGGUUUACGUUUGUUGGCUCCAGGAGGAAUGCAGAUCCGCCAACUGCAUAGGUGGAUUUUGAAAUGUCACGCCUGCUACAAUGUCACAGCUGAAAUUGGAAAGAUCUUUUGUCCCAAGUGUGGAAACGGUGGAACUUUGCGCAAGGUAGCUGUUACAGUUGGCGAAAACGGAGUUGUGUUAGCUUCCCGUAAGCCAAGGAUUACUCUGCGUGGCACAAAGUUUUCACUUCCUCUGCCCCAAGGUGGAAGGGAUGCCAUAACCAAGAAUCUUGUUUUACGUGAAGAUCAACUACCGCAGAAGUUUCUUCAUCCCAAGACCAAGAAGAAAGUCAAUAAACAGGGAGACGAAUUCUUUGCCGUGGAUGAUUUCUUCAGCCAUCAUAACACUGAUAAGAGAGCUCCUUUGCAGCCUCCCGUAAGGCAAGCUUUGGCAGUUUUUAGCGGGAAGAGAAAUCCAAACGAUAACCAUUACUCUCGGUCUCAUCAUAAAUAGACUAUUGUUUAUGCAUUUGAUUUUCAAUGCUGCUAGGAGUUUCCAAUUUUGAUGAAUAUCUUAUGUGAUUGAGUAUAGUUAAUGUAUUCAAAUUAAAGAGCUUACAAUGAGUGCAAUUUUGCCCUGAAUUUUCUUCAAAA